UUGCUCGACCCAUUCUCCGGUCUCCCCCACUGCUCAAGGGUGCGACUACAUAUGAGGAGUGUGGUAAUUCAAAUCUGGUCAAGCUGGUUGUUGAUUGCUAACACUUCUCCUCAGGGUCCUUGGAAGCCAGUUAGUUGAGCGGCACUGAGCUAAUCAUUUCCUUCGGCAUGGCACCAAUUUGGGUCGUAUAUCCCGUGCUCCUGAAACGUCCUAUUUAUAACAAUUCUAACCGAGCAAAAAUCAGCAUUAGAUUGUUUCAAAACUCCAAAAGAAGGCUGUCUAAGAUUUUUGGGACCUCCUCUUCUAAUUUGAGACACGCAGCCCAAAACCUGCAACCAGUGUUUGGAACUUUUUUUUUUUUUCGGCUCGCGGAAUCAAAAGAAAGAUGAAGAGAGCUCUGAGGGCGUACAAGGAGGUGCUACGGCUGGUGCGGCGGCUCCCGCCGGAGACGAGGCCGUAUUACGCCAAGUACGCGCGGGAGAACUUCGUCAACUACCGCGACCUCGACGACUCCACCUCCCUCGACGAGCUCCUCCACCGAGCCUAUGCCCAUUCCACCUGGGUCCUCAACAAGUACUCUGUCGAUGAAUCGGCUGGGGAAAAGCUUAAGGCCAUCUGCUCCAAAUGAUAGAAGCUCUUCUUGCACGGUAAAUGUUUGUCGAAAGCGUCAAAAGAAGUUGUUUUACAUUUGAAGUUUGUAGUUUAGUGUUCGUCAAAAUUAUCCAAAAAAACUUGGACGACAAGCAGGCGGUCCGGUACAUGUUAUGAAUGAUCAAUUUGUGGUUGCAUUGUAGACUUUGGAUGCUUUAUGACCAAGAUAUCCCGGGAUUAAAUAAUAGGCAUAGGUUCUCCUCU